UUGUCUCUUUUCGCCGUUCCUUCCUCUUUCGGUUUCUGUUUGUUUCUUAUAAUUUCCUGUUUCAAAUUCACAUCCUCUCUCUCUUUUGAUAUUUCUCUGAUAAUUCUUCAUCGUUAAGAUUCUCCCUUCUUAUCAUUUUCUCUGCUUAUCCAUUUAUAGUCUCGGAAUUAUCUCUGUUCUUCCUCAAUUCCUCAGGUUCUGUAGAUCGAAAGGUAUCGGGAUUGAGAUCUAUCAACGAUUGUAAUAUGGCGGAGGAGCACAGAUGCCAAGCGCCUGAAGGUCACCGUCUUUGCGUCAAUAACUGUGGUGUUUUUGGAAGCCCCGCUACGAUGAACCUCUGCUCCAAAUGUUACAGUGACUAUUGCCUCAAGGAACGACAACAACAUCAACAACAGCAAGAAGCACCUAGUAAAGCCUCUCUCUCCGUUACAUCCUCGCUGCAUCCUGCUACGGCCGUCGAUACUCAGCCUCCUCCGGCGAUUAUCUUAUCAGAGGUACGAAGUCGUGCAACGGAGGUUACAACCGCUGUUGAGCAGCCGAAUCGGUGUUCAACGUGCAGGAAACGAGUCGGGUUGACCGGGUUUAAGUGCCGGUGCGGGACAACAUUCUGUGGGACCCAUAGAUACCCGGAGAAGCAUGGAUGCACCUUCGAUUUCAAGAAGGUAGGAAGAGAGGAGAUCGCGAGGGCCAAUCCUCUCGUCGUAGCUGAGAAGCUCGAGAAGAUCUAAUCUGGAGCAUUGAAUCUCAUGAAUUGGAGAAAAAAGAAAAAAACGUAAAGGAUGAUCGGCCUUGAAUCAGAUGAUUAAACGACCACCGUCGAUCACAGCCGUGAAUCACGUUGAUGAUCAGGCAGAUCUAUGGCUUUGGAUAAAUCUUUUUCUCUAUCUUACUUUAUAAUAUUAUUAUAAAAGUAUAUUCUAAAAAAAAGUAGAGAUUUUUAAAUAAUUAUAAAUGUGGCUGUGCUUGUGGAAAGUAUUUUAUAAAAAAAUUGCAGUUGAUUUUGAAAA